GAAAAUUGAAUGCAAUUUUCGAGUAAUUGAAAAGAUAUCAUGCACCGGGUGUUACCUUUUUAUCUGCUCGUUCUAGCUUCCUGGAUAAAUAACACGGAAUCGGGAAGUGGUAAUGAGUGGGGCUAUGCACCUGGAAUUGGACCCUCAACAUGGGUAAAAGACUACCCUCAAUGUGGAGGUACCAGCCAGUCCCCCAUCUCUGUGGAUACAUCUAAAGUUGUCCUUGACACAACUCUGACAGCCUUCAACUUCACAGGUUAUGACAAAGUGAACAAAGUCAAGAUGAGCAUGAAAAACAAUGGGCAUACAGUACAAAUAGACCUUUUGGGUAAUAUGAUGUCAAUAUCAGGGGGAGGCGUCAGCGACACCUACCGGGCUGAACAGUUUCACUUCCACUGGGGCUCUGAAGACAAGAGAGGCUCUGAACACGACAUCAACGACCGCCAUUUCCCCAUGGAGAUGCACGUGGUACACUACAAUACGAAGUACAACAUUUUCGCUGACGCAAUGAAUAAGACAAAUGGACUGCACGUGCUGGCGUUCUUAUUUGAGGUAGGAACAGUAAAUCACCAUUUUGAUGAAAUCAUUCAACAUUUUUACCAAAUUGCUCAUAAAGAUGAUCACGUGAAUCUGACUACAUUUCCAUUGGCUGGGCUAUUUCCGGAAGACCUACAGGUUUACUUUCGUUACCAUGGUAGCCUAACCACUCCUCCUUGUUCUGAAAGUGUCAUCUGGACAAUCUUUAAAGACACCAUAAAAAUUUCCGAGGACCAGUUGAUGAAAUUCCGUCAUAAUGUACACCGGAACUACGCCAAUGAGGAAGAUCGAGACAUAUCUAACGACUUCCGGCCAACACAACCUCUCAAUCACCGCUAUGUUUACACAAGCCAUCCUAGCGCCAUAUCUCUCUCUACAACACUGCACAAUAUUUGGUUAAAUAUAUAUACACUUAGCAUUAUUUUCAUGAUCACAGCUUUUUUUUUAUAGAGUUGAAUUAU